CGAACUGGAUUCCUGGCUCUGGAGGUAAAACCCUAAACCCCGAAGCAUGGAAUUCCUGAGGCAGGUGUGAAAUUCUAUCAAGCCACACGACAGCACUGGAAUUUACGAAGAGAAUGUGCUCAGCAAUAUCCGUUUCCUCGCAGAUAAUAUUUAAUUGAAGAUCGACGUCUAUGGCAGUGCUGAUGAGUGAGGACGACUUCUCAAUAAUACUGUUCAGGAUUGACGAAGAAAUUUCCAUUUAAGUUCAGCCGCUGGACCUCAAGGAGAUGCAGCAGCGUCAACAUGCAAGGCUACACUUCUCGUGUCUGUUCAUCAGCCUUACAGUGCCUGAUUACCGCGUGUGAGCUUGGCGAAGCUUCAAAUGUUAUUAGAUCACUUCGAGCAUGUAAUUCGCGUGUGAGGGAACGCGUGGGUCGAGCUUCUGGCAUUUUGGAACGCCACUGGGGUGCGGAUCCUGUUGUGAGCUCUAAGAUUGGAUCAAGUAAUUCGUGGCAUGCUGGAAUUAUAGCUGGUCCCGGUAACUGGCAUAGCAAUUUCCCUGUCUCAUAUUAUGAUACCACCGGUAGCAUCAUUCAAAGAUGCAUUAACAGCGGUAUACCUCCACCACUUGGCGGUGGUUCGUUGUUUCUUCCUCGAACCUUUGCAUCAUCCCCCUUCAAUGGAGUUGCUAGUCGGCCUCAAAAGUCGUUUGGAAGCAAGUCGAGGUUUAAACCUGAAGGCAAAUCGAGGCUCAAAUUACAAAGUAAAUCUCAGUUUAAAAGCAAGAAUGCCGAAGAGCCACCGAGAUCUAAACGUUUUUCGGGAGCAUUGUCUUCAAUCAAAGAUUUGCAUUCUGAGCACGCCAGAGGAAACUCAAAGACAGGAAAAGGGCGCUCGAAGACAACGCUAAGAAGUCCUAGAAAGCGGGUGACACCUAGUGUGCGAUCCGCUCGCCAAGCUGGGCAAACGAUUGGUAUUGAACAGGGAGCUAAGCCACGAUUGUCGAGGAAAUUGAAGACAGAGGAGAGGCCGAAUGAUGACGGUGAACGGAUUAAGAGGAGGAGAAAGAGAAUUAGGCCUCGUCCAAACGACAUCACAUUCAAGAGAGGCUUGAAUUCGUGCACUCCAGAUAUCGGAGUACCAAGUCCAGUUGCUGUGCAGAAGGCCACACAAGAAGCACCUUUGUCUACAAAUGCUAAAUUUCGGCAAAUUGAACCAUCUCGAGAGCUUUUACGUCAAAUCGAGGAGAAUCUAUUAGGACGGAGACGAUUGGUGGAGUGGCGGAGAUCUGGUUUUGAUCCAACCAGGACAGCGCCCUUGGAUGACGUUCCCGAAUCGAAAGAUAGACGAGCACCUAUACAGGAGACUGUUUUUAGGCAGAAGCUUACUUUCAUUGCCGCUGCGAAGAUCGCAUCUUCUCUUCCCACAACACAACUUACCGAAAUAGCUUUUGCAGGUAGAUCUAAUGUUGGGAAGUCGUCUCUCAUCAAUGCGCUAACUAGGCAAUGGGGUGUGGCAAGAACCUCAGACAAACCGGGCCUAACGCAGUCCAUAAAUUUUUUCACUCUUGGGACCCAGCUGUGUUUGGUGGAUUUACCAGGAUACGGUUUUGCGUAUGCAAAGGUGCAAAUUAAGGAGGAUUGGGAACAACUGGUCAAGGAGUACGUAGCAUCAAGGCCUAAUUUGAAGAGGGUAUGUUUGCUUGUGGAUGCCAAAUGGGGUCUAAAACCUAGAGACGAAGAGUUACUCCAGCUCAUGGAGAGUUCACGGACUCGCUAUCAAAUUAUCCUCACAAAGACGGAUGUUCUUCCUCCCCUGGAUCUUGCGCGUCGCGCAACUCAAAUACUUCAGACUCUCAAAAACCACAAAUGCCUCGUACAACCUUUGAUGAUGGUGAGCUCCAAAAGCGGAGCUGGUGUACCGCAUCUUCGAGCUUCUCUAGCUAGAGUCGUGUCUGGCCAAUCUCGAGUUCUUCAAGAGGACAGUGUCUAGGUCGAAGAAUUCACAAUUCAAGCACUGCGAAAGAUCAAUUAUUCUAGCAUGGUGAAUUUCUAUUUCUUCUUUGGACUCUUUCAUUCCAUAUAAUGUUACGCACCUCGCAAAUCUCAACCACAGCAUGGACGUUAUCACAUAUUUGUCAAGGGUUGUUAUUUAGAUUUAGACGAUGCUUCCUAGAAGACUUCUCUGGUAAGUGUCAUCGUGAACGUGGGUAGAUGUUGCAAUUAUUUUGUUGAUACGUACCAAUUUGUAGGGUUAUGGCUUAGAGUAUAUACACUAAACCAUCACGGGACUGAAGAAAGAUGGGAAAGCUCGGGGCCCUAUGUCAUGUGUGACGUUGGGUACGGGUAUAGAAGCCUUAUACACAUGUGCAGACUCAACAUAGCCCGCGAGAGCAUUGUUAAUUGAAAAAAAGAAGCUGAAUCAGGCGCUUUUCAAGGAAAGUGGGCCUUUUGGCAUGAUCAUCCUAAUUCGUAAGUAAGCUAAAGUAGUUAGUGGGUCAUGGUCAGGAUCUUCACAUUCCCGUGGAUCGUUAUAGGUUUACCGCCUCCUUUCAGAGCAGACACGACUUUUUCCCCAUUUGGAAAAUAUUGCUAUUUAAAGAGGUUUUACCGACAACACAAUUAGAAUUUGGUGUCGU